AUGAGCGACUACUCGUCGAGUUCGUAUCGUUCGGCACAUGGUGCUUACCCUCCAGAUCUUCCGACGAAUUGCAGAUGUUGGUGUGGUAACGAUAUCAUCACAUACAUAUCGAAGACAAAGGAAAACCCUUACCGUAUCUUCUAUAGAUGCUCGAUUGCUUUGAAGAGGCCGAAUGAAUCACAUUUCUUCAAAUGGGUUGAUGAGGCAUCGUUAGAAGAAAUUAAGAUGGUCGACGAAAAGGUAAAAAGAAUUGAAGAAGAUGUGACGGACUUAAGGCAUAAUGUUCAGCAAAAUUUAUAUCUCCAAAAAGAAAUGGGUAAGAAGCUCGAGGAAAAAUUGACGAAGAAGAUUGAGGAUGAUAUGGGUAAGACAGCUUUUAAGACAAUUUGUCUACUCUCUGUAAUAGGAAUCGCAAUUGUAUGGCUGUGGGAGAUAAUGUAA